AUGUCGGCCUCUCUGGACCAACGCCUUUCCUCGGAUGCUACGGUGGAUAAAGAGGAAAGGGCUAUGAAUGCUAAGCCGCUCGAGCGUGUUCCCCCUAAUGGCGGUGCCAAAGCCUGGGCGUGCGUGGCGGGCUCGUUCUUGUUGCAGUUUUGCUCCUUCGGUUAUGUCAAUGCGUGUGGUAUUUUCCAGCUGUAUUACUCCGAGACCAUGUUUAAGGACGAGAGCUCGUCGUCCUUGGCCUGGAUCACCACUCUCCAGAUCUUCCUCCUGUUCAUGUUCGGUCCUGCUGUCGGCAAACUUAUUGAUGUUUACGGUUGUCGCAAACUGCUGCCACCAUUCAGUAUCUUUGCAGUGUUUUCGGUCUGCAUGCUGAGUCUGUGCAAGCAGUACUGGCAGGUGAUGCUGGCCCAAGGUGUCGCAUUCGGACUGGCCGCCGCCGGGCUGUCUCUCCCCGCCAUGGCCACUGCGACGCAGUGGUUUUCAACCAAGAAAGGUCUGGCAGUGGGCAUUGUUUCUUCUGGUAGCAGUCUAGGUGGCGUUAUCUAUCCAUGCAUGCUCCCGCGUCUAAUCGAACAAGUUGGAUUUGCAUCGGCUGUCCGAUGGACCGCUUUGAUGCAGGGUAUUCUCCUGUUGAUUGCCAAUCUUCUAUGCUCCUCUCCCUUCCCUCCAUUGGGCAAAGGGUCGCCGACGGAGAAGAAUGACGCCCCUAACGGUGGGAUCCGCGGGUUCAAGAGCUGGCCUUGGGCAUUUUUCGUCCUGGGAUGUUUCUUUACCAUGUGGGGUCUCUUCGCGCCACUGAACUAUCUGCCAGAGAUGGCCUCACUCCAUGGUUACAAAGACUUCGCCCAGUACAGCUUGGCCAUCGCGAACGCUGGAUCACUGGUUGGUCGAAUUGUGCCAGGAUGGGCAAGCGAUGUGAUCGGGCAGUUCAACGCUAUGUGCUUGGUGACUACGCUUUCCGGUGUCUUAGUUCUGGCCUUUUGGCUUCCUUUGGAGUUUCACACCUCCUUGGCCGGCAUCAUCGUUUUUGCCCUACUCUUUGGCUUUGUCAGUGGCGGAUUCGUCAGUCUAGGACCCCCGUGCGUUGUCGCCCUCGCGGAAGAUCGCGUUGACGAAAUUGGUGUUAAGCUUGGAGGCUUUUGCUUGGGAAUUGCUCUCGGGGCAUUGACGGGACUUCCUAUUGAAGGGGCAAUCAAGGACCGUGAAGGAAACAAGUUUACCGGCUUGAUGUGCUUUGCGGGGGCAACCAUGAUCCUUGGAGGGAUGUGUACGGCGGCUGCUCGCGUUAUCAAGGGUGGUCCCCAGAUCUUGAAAAAGGUUUGA